CACACACACACACACACACACACACACACACACACACACACACACACACACACACACACACACACACACACACACACACACACACACACCACCCUAACCGCUCAGUUGUCAGCAGCAGAUCCGCUCUGCCUGUCUGAUCGAUGGCUGAAUCCAUAGGCGCGGUGCUCGUCGUGACGCCGGGCCAGACCCCCAGCCCGGCGGGGCCUGGCGUGGCCGAGGCCAGCCCAGAGUACAUGGCCUUCGUGCUUGUGCCGGUCUUCUUCACGCUGGGGCUGCUGGGGGUCCUGAUCUGUCAUCUCCUGAAGAGGAGGGGCUACCGCUGCACCACCGGGGAGCCCCCCGCCGAGGGGGAGGAGCCAGAGGAGGACCUGGAGCUGGGCGGAGACUUGAACGACACGUUCAGCGAGAACAACGACACCGUGGGGCAGAUUGUCCACAUGAUCAUGAGUAAUGAAGCAAACUCGGACGCCCUCAAAGCCAUGGUCGAGCAGAACAGCAUUGACUCUGAUGGGCCCCCGCUGACGCCCACCUCCCCCCCCCCGUCCAGCCCCCCCCGGACCCCCGUCUGGCCGGGGCCCCCGCGGGUCCCCCGCGGCGCCGUGGCCACGUCCAAGCACACGUGUAGCCACCUGCACACCAUCGGGGGCCCCGGGGGCCCCAAGAACACCUGCAGCCGCUGUAGCCAGAAGAAGUGGCCCCUGAUGCGGCGACCCCUCACCCCCCGGCGCUCGGAGAACCGCCGCUCCCACCAGGGCGAGGUCACCGUGCUCGCCGUCGGCAGGUUCCGUGUGACCAAGUCUGAGAAGCAGCCCAGAGAGAGGCGGACCCUGCCGACCUCAGAGGCCAAUGGCAGCGCUCCGACGUCCCCCGACCAGGCGGAGCCUAAGAGCAGGACCACGUCGGAGUCCCAGCAGGAGCCGACCAAGUGACCCCCCCCCCCCCGGGCAGGGAAGGAGGGGCUUCAGCGGACCGAAGACGAGAGGGGGAGGAACGGCGGAGCCAAAGCAGAGACCAAACCAACAUGUAGGAUGAUCUGCAGCAGAGGGGCUGAACACACGCUCCUCCUCUGAGGGCUCCUGCUCAGUGGACCACAACGAGGAGGAGGAGGAUGAAGACGGUAGCUAACAGGGAAGAGAGGAAGAGCCCCCCCCCCUCUCUCCGCAACAGCCCUCGGUACACUCGGUGCACGAGAGCAUGCGCGCGCUUACAUCGUUGCUGAUUUGUGUCGGCGAAGGCGUAGUCAUCGGUGACAGAGGCUGGCAGCUCCCUGGGGUCGCCAGGGGAACAAGGGGUCAGGGUGAAGAAGAGGACGAUGAGGAGGCUCCAGUGCAACGGGAAUAUGAAAAUGGGCUUUGACUUACACCGUGAAACCUUCCGCCGGCACCUUGCAUACCGCGGUCACACAGAUGGAUUGUAAAGUGCCAAGGUCAGAGUCGACGGAAAGAAAAGGUCUCAGAACUCAAACUGUCACUCCCUCGACGCAAGUCAUUAGUAUUACAGAACCAAAGAAUAAGAGCUGUGUGUACGGCAAGAACAGCAACGCAGUGGAAAACCAGGCCUGAUGAAUGAUGACACCGGCCUUUUUCUGUUGUGGAAAAUCCUGCUUGUGAAACCUAACCCUCCACCUGAUCCAAUCACAAGCAGGUUUGAAAGGUCAGCAGACAACCAUCGCCAUUAGACAUCCCCCCAACCUCCCCUGAAAACAGCAAACGUUGUCCUCAUGACAGUAGACGCGAGGCCAGUAGCCAGGCCUCCUGGCAGGCAUGAGGUGGUUGUUUGGCACGGGGCUCUCGCUCUAAGACAUUCAGUCUGAUAAAACCAACCGGUAACGAGCUAAAAACCAACUUACCAUAAAUUCACUUCCAAACAUUCGCCCCAUGCUGCGUGUUCGGUGAGAUGUUUAAACCUCAAUUUAUUGUGUGUGUGUGUGUGUGUGUGUGUGUGUGUGUGUGUGUGUGUGUGUGUGUGUGUGUGUGUGUGUGUGUGUGUGUGUGUGUGUGUGUGUGUGUGUGUGUGUGUGUGUGUGUGCGUGUGUGUGUGUGUCUGUGCGUGUGUGUGCCAAAUAUUGUCCCGAGAUCAUCCCCAAGGUCAUGUCUCACUAGGAAAAUGUUAUCAAGACAAAUAUAAUUUGAAUAAUAAAUAAUAAUUCAUUGAAUUUAUAUAGCGCUCUUCUAGACACUCAAAGACGCUUUACAGUGAAAUGGGGACCUCACUCACCACCACCAGUGAGUAGCACCACUGGGGUGAUGCACGGCAGCCAAUCAGCGCCAGAACGCCCACCACACACCAGCUGGAGGUGGAGAGGGCGGGCAGUUUUAGGCAGAACACCGGGGAAUCCCCUACUCGUUGCGAUAAGUGUCCUGGGAUCUUUAAAGACCUCAGUGAGUCAGGACCUCGGUUUUACGUCUCCUCCGAAGGACGGCGCCUUCCACAGCACAGUGUCCCUGUCACUGCACCGGGGCAUCAGGGAUUGAUGUUUUUGGCCAUUGGUAAGAGUGCCACCUACUGGCCAAUACCCGACACCACUUCCAGCAGCAACUCAGUGUUCCCAGUUGGUCUCCCAUCUAGUACUAACCAAGCCCACACACAGAUUCAUCUAAGGCAGGGUUGCUAAUGGUCUGGCUGCUAUUUUGAAGAAUGAUUGACAUUCCUUGCUUGAGUUUAAACAAAUGUAACUUAAAAGUGACUCAUACCAAAACAACAUUUCUAAAGGGUUUUUCUAUCCAUUA